UCACCCCCGCCCCGUCCCUACGGGACCCCCCUCUGCCCUGGUGAGCAAUGGAGGGAGAUUCCACCCUGCAGCUCCGUGUCUUCGACCUCAACUGCUGGGCCAUCCGCUACCUGAGCAAACGGCGGCAGGAGCGCGUGCGGCUCAUCGGGGACGUGCUGCGCCAGGAGCGCUUCGACCUGGUCCUGCUCCAGGAGGUGUGGAGCGAGCAGGACUACAGUGAGCUGAAGGUGAAGCUGGGAGGAUGCUACCCCUUCUCCCAUUACUUCCGGAGUGGGGUGAUCGGCAGCGGCCUCUGCGUCUUCUCCAGGUUCCCCAUCCUGGACACCCUCCUCUACCAGUACUCGCUGAAUGGGUACCCCUACAUGCUCCAGCACGGGGACUGGUUCUGCGGCAAGUCCGUCGGCCUUGUCAUCAUUAAGAUCUCUGGGAUCAUCUUCAAUGUCUAUGUCACCCAUCUACAUGCGGAAUACUGCCGGGAGAAGGACGCCUACCUGCCCCACCGCCUGGUGCAGGCCUGGGAGCUGGCCCAGUUCAUCCGACACACCUCAAAGGCAGCUGAUGUGGUGCUGCUGGGGGGGGACCUGAACAUGCACCCUGAGGACGUGGGCAUCCGGCUGCUGCGCGGCUGGACGGGGCUGCAGGAUGCCUUUGCUGAGGCCAAGCACUUUGAGGGCUGUAAGGAUGGCUGCACCCUCAUCCCCAACAACUGCUUCACCAUCAAGACAGAGCUGCUGCCCUUCCCGCUCGGUAUUCGCAUUGACUACAUCCUCUACAAGGCCAUCUCCAGCUUCGUGGUAAAGUGUGAAGAGCUGAAGACCACGACGGGGUCAGCUCCAGGCAGGGACAUCCCCUUCUCAGACCAUGAAGCUGUGAUGGCAACGCUGCACAUCAGGAGGCAGCGAGAGGCUGCGAGUGCCACCUUCAGCACAGCGGCGCCGGCGCUGGUGGACGUGGUGACGGAGGCACGGACCGAGGUCGGCGUGGGGCUGCGGGCAGCGCAGCGGCAGCGCUACUCCACGGGCAGGCUGGCGGUGCUGGCGCUGCUGCUGCUGCUGCUGCAGGCUGCGGCCGUGCUGGGCACGCUGGCGGGGCUGGGCGGGCAGCCCUUCCCCAAGCUCUCCUUCUCCCUGCUGGCCUUCCUCGCCGCCGGCAUCCUCCUCCUGGCCACUGGCCUCCACCUCUUCCACACCAUCGAGGUGAAGAUGCUGCAGGGCACGGAGGAGCAGAUGCGGAUGGCGCUGCGGGUGCUGCAGGAGCGGCCCAGCGACGGCUGAGUUGAUGCCGUGGAUGUCCCACGGUGUCCCCACAGCCCCAUCCUGGCCUCUUUAGGUCCCUUUUUCCAGCUGACUUCUGAUUGUAGGUGAGCAGCGCUGUGGCCGCAUCGGUGGCACAGGUUCACAGCUGCCUCUCUGGGUGAGAUUAAGAUUUUGGGGGCCAGUUUCAUCAUGCUGGCCCCCAUGGGAACCCGGGGGGAGGCAGAUUUUAAUCGCUUUUUUAACACACCCUUUUUACCUGGAGGGACCCACCAGCAUGGCCGAGAGGCUCCAGAGGCUCAGCCUGGGGUGGCCUCAGGGGCUCCUGGUGAAAGCUGGUGCCUGCUCCAGCAACCAGAUUUGACUCAGGUAGAAAUAAAGGUGAUGUUUUAACCCUUGG